AUGCCUCAGUCUCAGCGCAAGUCCGUCCGCUUCGUGGACGCUUCUGCCAUUCCUCGAACGCCAUCACCCUCGUCCUCGACGGCAUCUUUCGGCUCGUCGCCGGGACCCUGGACCCCUCCUCAGCUCCCUCACCAGCCCUUGCCGUUCAUCACCAUGCGCGCCGAAUAUCCUCCCUGGACAUCGCAUCAGCAUUACCCCUCGCCGCCCGUUGUACCUGUCCAUAUAUCACCACCCAAGACUUACUCCGCUCUUCGCUCUGCUCCCGAGCUCGUUCUGGACCCACUCCUCCGGCCUUCGACGAUCACCCUCGGCGGCAUCCCCAACUCUCGCUCGCGCUCCACACUCACGACCGCCGACCUCGCCUCGCCCGCUGCGCGCCACGGCCCACGGGGGUCCCGUCCCCGUUCGCGCUCCGGCGAAUGGUCCUGUCUUCCCGGGCUUCCUCUCUCCGUCCACUCUCCCCCCCCGCGACCGACUUGGACCUCGUACCCACUCGACUUCCUCACCGUAGGCGACGUCCUCGACCAGCUACACCGCGAACUGCGCACGUCGCUCCCGACGCGCGAGUACGGCGCCCUCCCACCGCACGUGCGGAGGCAGGCGGACAAGGCGUUCGAGAUGCGGCACGGAGCCAUCCGGGAUAGGCGCGAGAGGGAGCGCGAUCGCGGAUUCGGGGUGCGCAAGGUUGAUCUGCUCGGGGAUGUGCGAGCAUUUGUUGGAUUGAGGCCGGCGACGCCGCGGGAGGUUCCGCUUGGGAUGGCGCCUGAUGAGGUGUUUGUGGUGGUCAUGGAGACCUUGCGGUGA